AUGGCUGUUAAAGAAGGCUGUUUAGAGACAACCAGUAUCCUUCUUGAAAUGGGUGCAGAUGCCAACAUCAGUUUUGAGAUUGAUGAUUUUGAUAUAGUAGCACUGCAUCUGGCUGCAUGGGGUAAUGAACCAAGGUUGGUUGAAUGUCUGUUGGAUGUUUCAGAUAUGGGAAAGAUUGCUGAGUGCAGAAACAGUAAUCCUAUAAUAUACGCAAUCAAGCGCAUGCAACUACAAUCAGUUAAAAUGCUGUUGGAGUGGUGUCCAUUUCUUUUAAUGAUGACAAUUAGAUGCAGAAGUGAGAUCCUUUCAGAAGAUUACAGUGCCAUUGGUCCUGCUCCAUACCUACUCCACUACAGGGCUGAGCAAGCAGAAGCAUUGCCUGCACUGGAACUGCUCCUUAAAUAUGGAUGUUCAGUAAAUGCCUCCUCCCAUUUUGAAGUUCCACCAUUAGCAGCCAUUACAGCUUCAGCAGCGUGUAAAGAAGUAAAGGAAAAAUUCAUUCAUUUUCUCAUAGACCAAGGUGCUGAUCCUGAUGCUGGAUAUCCUUGGUAUCCAAUUAACCCUCUACCAGCAGCCUGGUAUUAUGCAUGUCACAUUCAUGGACACCAGAAAUGGUUGAUCAGGCUGCUGAUGUCUGUAAGCAGAAAACGUGACCCUAACUGGCUGCUGUCAGUAGUGUACGAGUGUGUGACUUAUAUACCGUUUAUAGAGGAUGAAGAAGUACCGAACUCUACACUUCAGUGUAUGUUGGAUUUAUGUCUUGAACUUGGUUUUUCAAACAAUUUUAUCAUGUCAAGGAUUUGGAGGAAAUUCAGGAAACCAGCACUGGCUGGAGGAAGACAGCAAAACCAAGAAGAGGAAACAUCUUAUACUUAUCUAACUGUUCCUGAAGCACUUACACCACCUUCACUUUUAAAGUUGUGCCGUAUUGUAGUUGUCACACAUUACUGUCCGUCAGUCCUAAGGAAAUACAAAUUACCUAGCGCCAUAAAUGAUUUCCUGAACUAUAGGUCUUAA